AUAAAGCUAUAUGACAGAUGGCUUGACGGGUUGGGUAUUCUUUGGUUAUAAAACAUUCCACACAGAGAAGAAUCGUCUGAUAAAAUCACCCGAUGUGGGCAGGGAUUUCCUCGUGAGGCGCGUUAAAUUCCGCGGAGAGUGUCAAACUGUACAUUAGUCACUGUGAAUUUGUGCCUGGGGCGUGAAAACUGAACCAGAGGAAGCUGAAAAAAAAUUGUACAGAGAGUUUGUGGAAAAAUCAGUGAAGUGUCAUCGGGCUGGGUUUUAAAGUGACUUCCUGGAGGAGAUAUUUAAUUUGCUUUGUUACUAAUAAUAACCGUGUCAAAGUGUAUCUGUUGAUGAAAUGUUCUGGACAGAGAGGUACUGUCUGGUGUGUCUGUGAACCAAAGUGCGAGAGGCAAUAAAGUACUUGGAGGAUAUGAAUUUAGAGGGUGGCAAGAGCCAAAGAUGUCUCCUCUCACCUACACUCUCUACGGCUUUGCUGUGGUGUUCUUUGUGUUCUGGUGUGGCAAAUGGCUGGUGCACCUCUUAGCCAUUGGCUAUGGCAAGUGGAAGCUCCAUAGAAAGACAAAUCUUCAACCCAGAGAAAAUCCUCCAGCACCCGUUUCAAUUCUCAAACCACUGAUGGGUGUGGAUCCAAAUCUCUCUGCCAACCUCGAAACAUUUUUCACCAUGAACUACCCUUGUUACGAACUUCUGUUCUGCAUCGAAGAUGCCCACGAUCCAGCCAUACCACUCGUGGAGCAACUCAUGGCCAAGUACCCAACCGUAGAGGCUAGAAUCUUCAUUGGGGGCACCCGUGUUGGUGUCAAUCCCAAAAUCAAUAACAUGUACCCAGGCUUCAUUUCGGCCAAACAUGAGCUCAUCCUCAUCUCUGACAGUGGCAUUCGCAUGAAGGAAGACACACUCCUGGACAUGGUGGAUCACAUGGUGGAUGGCGUUGGUUUGGUGCAUCAGAUGCCCUUUACGUGCGAUCGCGAGGGUUUUGCUGCUACCUUUGAGAAGAUCUUCUUUGGCACGGUACAGGCUCGGAUCUACCUGUGUGCCGAUCUUCUGGGUAUUGUAUGUCACACGGGUAUGUCGUGCUUGGUGCGACGGCACAUCCUGGAGGAGGCUGGUGGUUUGGGGCACUUUGGACGAUAUCUGGCGGAGGAUUUCUUUAUCGCCAAGGCGGUGACGGAAAGCGGAUGGCGGCUGACGGUGAGCAGUCAGCCGGCAUGGCAGAAUUCAGGUGUCUGUGAUAUCGGUAGCUUCCAGGCGCGCCUCACGCGCUGGGCUAAGCUCCGUGUGGCCAUGGUGCCCACGACAAUUCUCCUGGAGCCACUGUCUGAAUGCCUUGUUGUGGGGGCUUUUGCCUCCUGGGCAGCCUCAGUACUCUUCCACUGGGACUCAUUGGUGUUCUACCUGGUGCACAUUCUGGUGUGGUUCCUGUGUGACUGGAUUCUUCUGUCCAUCGUCCAGAAUGGUUCACUGCCAUUCAGUAAGAUGGACUUUGUGGUGGGUUGGAUCUUCCGUGAAUGCACUGGACCCUAUCUCUUCUUUCAUGCCCUCUGGAAUCCAGCCAUUCGGUGGCGAACGCGCGUCUUUAAGCUGGCCUGGGGUGGAGUGGCUCAAGAGGUACCCCUCGAAAAGGCUAAAUUCGUGACAGCUUAGGAAGGACUUGUGUGAAAAUCACAAAAUAUUCCUCUUCAAAAUUGUGAAUAAUUCUCAGACACACUCACUCAAAGCUCCUUACCCUCACAAUUUCUCCCAUCUUGCUUCUCUAAAGCCCAUCCAAUCGCCUCCAUAUUCCAGCACCAGCCACCCUCUCCCCCCUCCCCCUGCCAAACUCUCUCUGCGAUCUAAAGUAGAUUCCCUAAACAUCAUUAAAUUCACGUAAACAUUUUAGAUAAUUAUAAAUAUUGCUGAAGAAAAAGGAACAAAAGUGAAUCAAACAGAUUUUGCACUCUGUUGAAAAAAAAAAAUUUCUUUUCCUACUUUUUAUGUACAUGAAAGUAAAAGUUAUUAAAGUAAAACAACGUGAGUAAUAUUAAGGAGAAAAUAAAAUUCCUUGCGAUUCCCGCAAA